CAACCAAAGAAAAAAAACAGUAAAAUGAGGAGGAAAAAAGUCUUUUCAUCAUCCACUCUCCUCCUCCUGCUGCCAUUGCUGGAGAUGAAGGUGUAUGUCGAUGUCAGUGCGACUAACAGCAGCUGUAUUAUUUGCGACAAGCAUUAUUGCAGACUUGACAUCCAGCUGUGCAAGCAGCUGCGCAUGGACGUCAACUGCUCGCAACCUGAUCACGCGGUCAUCAUCAUGGACAAGGAGACUACAGCUGGUGCCACAGACCACAGCAACGACCCAGCGUGCAAUGGAACCGCCCUGAUUCAUGACUACGGAUGUCUGACGGAUCUUCCUGUCAACAUCUGUGAUUUUCCCUCCAUCAGGGCCGUCAGACUCCGCCACAACAACCUGACUACCUUUCCCCGCCUCACCUGCCUGCCUCGUUUGCUCGUCCUUGACCUCACCGGCAACGCUAUCACCCAGGUUCCGGAGGGAGCCUUCCAUGGCCUCCCCGAGAUCAGAGAGGUUUACCUGGACAGCAACGUCAUCACCUCAAUCCAUCCUGCUGCUUUUGAUGACGAGGUGAAUGGCCUCCAGAUCUUCACCAUCGGCAACAAUCUCCUGGAUGUUGUCGAUCCUUGGCUCUUCCUCCUGUACCACAGAUUCUGCCUGUUCGAUUUCCGACAUAAUCAGAUAUCGUAUUUCGUUAACGACCAUCACCGGAACAUCAACACUUCAGUGUUUUACGGACCAGGCUUCGUCGAUUUUUCUUACAACAAUGUCUCGUCCAUGUCUAAAAAAGAGGUGACGGCUUUUGGCAUUAAAAACAUCGACGAGAGCGAAAAAUUUAUUGAGUGGGGAUUUGAUUUUCGUCACAAUCCUUUUCACUGUGACUGUCAAAUGUAUGAAAUUUUUGUUCUUUUCGAUGAGCUGAUAAAACUAUUUUGGAGAGAUUACUUUAACGUGACCUGUAGUAGCCCACCAAAGUUCAAGGACGUUCCUUUCGACAAACUACCACUGGACGAGCUGGUGUGCAGCGUCACAGAGAACUGCCCGUCGUCGUGCACGUGCACUAAGAGACCUUAUUAUCAAGAUGUUCUGGUUAAUUGUACUUACGAGCAACUGCCGACGCUGCCUGACGACAUGCCCGAAGGGAACCUCACUGUUGAUGUGACCGGUAACGCCUUACGCCGCCUCGACCUGAGGGGCUACAUGGGGCGAGUAGUCCACCUGAAUCUGACGGCCAACCAUUUGCGUGAGGUCGACCAGCAGGCGCCACUGGCGCUACGGAACGUCAAGUCGCUUGACCUGCGCGACAACGACCUUCAGCAUAUACCGAGCACCUUACAGACUAUAUCUCCUGACGCACUGUAUCUAGACACCGGCACUUUGAAGUGCACCUGUGACCUGGAGUGGUUUCCUUCCUGGGCCCGAUACCAUGCCAGGGACAACAUUAUUAAGGUCUCAUGUCUGUCUGGACUGGACGGUCGCCACGUGUUGCUGAUCAACGCCACGCGAAAGGAUCUCGGUUGUGAGGCCGCAAACACGUCACUCGUUCAGGGGGUCUGGGGUUACGUCCUUCUGGCGGCCACCCUCAUCGUCGUCGCCCUCAUCCUCGUCGUGGUGUUUCGUUACGAGGUGUUGGUGCUCAAACACCGAGUACUCCUGCGGGAGCUGAGAGAUAAACGCUUUCCCGCUCUGCUGGACUCCUCCCGCUACGAUGUCUUCGUCAGCACGGCCAGCGAUAGCGACAACGACGCCGCCUGGGUGAGCAGGAUCUUGCUGCCCGCCAUGGACAGACGCCGACUGACCUACUUUGUGCCACAGCGAGACUGUCUGCCGGGAGCCAUCCCCACGGACGAAGUGGUUCAAACCCUCCGACAGAGCAAGUGCGCGCUCAUCCUGCUGUCGCCGGACUACCUGGCCCAGCCCAUCUGCUGCUUCCAGUUCCGCCAAGCGUACAACAUGAUGGUCAAGGAGGAUCACGGCCGCAUCUUCGUCGUGUGCUUGCAGAAGGUCAAGCGGGGUCAUGUCAAGGAUCGCUUCCUAAUGGCCAUGCUCAACCUCAACAUGGCGUACUCGGGCCACCGCCCGGAACAUGUCGAUGCUGUCCUCGGUCGCAUAUGCGCCUACGUCCGAUGAGCGCUGUCUGUUGGCUGAGAUGAAAUAGGUGCCUGUGAGACACUCCUCAAACCAAAUAUGGCAACAAAAGCAGAUUUUGCCAAUUUUGCAAAGAACUGGUGAACACGAAAAAAUGUGCCUGGUCCUUGAAUGGUCAUUCAGUCAGGGCUCAUCUGUUGGAAUGCCCGAAAGCAAUAAGGGCGUUUGCUUAAAUAAGUAAAGAGCUUAUUUGUAUAGCGCCUUUUUCAAGCAUCAGCCAGACUCAAGGUGCUUUACAUAUAGACAUGCAAGCACAUUACAUUAAUGUAUACCUAAUAUAAUUAAAUAAUAUAAUAUUAAUUAAUAAAUCAGGGUUAUGGAUAGAAUAAAAGAAGCAGAAAAAUGAUAGGUGGCGAACAGGCAUUCCCCCUUUUUUAAAUGAUCCAAUCUAAUAGGAUCUAAACUUAAAAUGCAGCAACCUGAAUAAUCUGUAAAUGAAACAAUGAAAAGCAACAUAUUUUACAAUGUCGGAAAAGUUUCAGUGUCGGUGAAGAAGGCUCGAAAACAAGAUGGCAAAGCGAAGCCGUUAGUGGAUGAAAGUGUUGAAUUGGAGGAACGACGCAGCACAAGCAGUGAAGAACAGUUCAGAACAAAGAAAAACGAGCAACAAGCAUCACAGAUAGGUAAAAUACACUAAAACGCGACGCAGAACCAUCGAGAAAACAAAAUGACAGAGAGUCCCUGUCAGGCAAAGGGACAUCACUCUUCUUGAUCCUUUGUUUUCUUUUUCUUCAAAAUAUAAGGUAGAGUUUAAAAUAAACGAGGUCGGUAAGAAAUGAUUCAGCUGAUACUCCAUGAUGUAAAAAUACUUUUCUCUCACUGUUUUGCUGAUUUGUUCCAAAGCUUUUGUUCACCUGCAAAACUGAGUGAAUGGGAUGAAGCGAGAGGCGAAAAUGUUGAUUGAUUACAACUGUCUGACUGGUAAUCUAGACACAAUGUUAAUACAAUGUUAAUUAGAAAAACAGAAAUGACUCUCCUGAAAGUAAAAUUUGUUUUAUAUAAGAUGGAAGUAAAGGCGACAAAUAAAAUAGUUUUGAUUCAAUACUUAAGUCUCCAAUAAAACCAACGUACACUUACCUCGCAUACGCACGACGUAUUACACACACACACAACACAACGCUCAACGAGCCCCCACAGAUGACGAUGAGGAUGACGAGAAUUGUAGAUGAAUCGAGUUGAAGAGGCACAAGUUCAGAGGAAUAUCACUGAGAGAGUCAGAAAGAAGAUGGCGGACGAAGACCGUUAAUUUUUCACGCUCACUCGGCCAUUAGCAACUUCUUUUUUCAUAUUUGACGUUUUUUUAUGCUUCAAGUGACGUGGAAAAAAUGACAAACACCAGAUAUGACGUUUUUUCAGCUUCAGGUGACGUGGAACAAAUGACGCACACCAGAUAUAAUGUUUAUUUCUCCUUCAAGUGACGUGGAACACAUGACACACACAAGACGUCAGACACAAGACACCAUUGUACACGAGACAAUACGAGACCUACCACAACUCAGUACAAAGUCAAGGGGACAGAUAUCUAGGAAUCUACUUCUCAGUUAAGGCAGCUUUAAUGUCGCAUGGAGGGAAUCAUGGGUGAAAACAGAAAGCGAUAGUGUUUUUAGGGGCCAAUGGUUAGAUGUAAUAAAGCAUAACUGUUGUUUAUUCCACACCGUCGUGAAUAAAGAUCAUCUCUCUCAGCC